AUGCCUCUCGAAUCAAAUCAGGUAGAGGAGGACCUCGAGGUGAACCUAUUUCGCAUAUUAUAUCCCGUCCUUAUUCAUGUCAAUAAUACCUUCGGUGGUAGUUCUGUUGGUUCUGGCUCCGACGACUUCUAUCAGAAAGUAGUUGUGAAAUUGGGUGUACACAACGAUAAAGAAAAACAGAGGGCUAUGAAAGCAACUUCCAGCCUUGCAGGUCUAGAGCCUAGAAGGAUUGCUUUGGUCUCAGUGUUGGAACUUACUGCUGCAGAAAAGGAUGGAUUUUUCUCUGAGAUAAAUAUGGCUAUUGCUGGGAACCAUGGACUAGAAGUGCAGUUCAUUGGACUCAGUUUCCUUGAGUCACUGGUGUCUGAAUUUUCUCCAUCAUGUUAUUGA